AGUCAAAGAGCUCCCCCAUUCAUCACCUCCGCUUCCUUACUCGCUCGUAACCCUCGUUUCUUGAUUCGGCUUAUCGAUCUCUCUUCGUCUUCUUGAGGUUACUACAAUUUAAAAAUGGGUAAGGAGAAGGUUCACAUUAACAUUGUGGUCAUUGGCCACGUCGACUCUGGGAAGUCCACCACCACCGGACACUUGAUCUACAAGCUUGGUGGUAUUGACAAGCGUGUCAUUGAAAGGUUCGAGAAGGAAGCUGCUGAGAUGAACAAGAGGUCAUUCAAAUAUGCCUGGGUGUUGGACAAGCUCAAGGCAGAGCGUGAACGUGGUAUUACCAUUGAUAUUGCCUUGUGGAAGUUUGAGACCACCAAAUACUACUGCACUGUCAUCGAUGCCCCUGGACAUCGUGAUUUCAUUAAGAACAUGAUUACUGGUACUUCACAGGCCGAUUGUGCUGUCCUCAUUAUUGACUCCACCACUGGUGGUUUUGAAGCCGGUAUCUCUAAGGAUGGUCAAACUCGUGAGCAUGCCUUGCUUGCGUUUACUCUUGGUGUCAAGCAGAUGAUCUGCUGCUGCAACAAGAUGGAUGCAACCACCCCCAAGUACUCCAAGGCAAGGUAUGAUGAAAUUGUCAAGGAAGUUUCCUCCUACCUCAAGAAGGUGGGUUACAACCCUGACAAAAUCCCAUUCGUCCCCAUCUCUGGUUUUGAAGGAGACAAUAUGAUCGAGAGGUCAACCAACCUUGACUGGUACAAGGGUCCAACCCUCCUUGAGGCUCUUGACUUAAUCUCGGAGCCCAAGAGGCCCUCAGACAAGCCACUCCGUCUUCCACUUCAGGACGUUUACAAGAUUGGUGGAAUUGGAACUGUACCUGUGGGACGUGUUGAGACUGGUAUCCUCAAGCCGGGAAUGGUGGUGACUUUUGGCCCCACUGGGUUGACCACUGAAGUUAAGUCUGUGGAGAUGCACCAUGAAGCUCUCCAGGAGGCCCUUCCAGGUGACAAUGUUGGCUUCAACGUGAAGAAUGUUGCUGUGAAGGAUCUGAAGCGUGGUUUUGUUGCGUCCAACUCUAAGGAUGACCCUGCCAAGGAGGCUGCCAACUUCACUUCUCAGGUCAUCAUCAUGAACCACCCGGGACAGAUUGGCAAUGGUUACGCCCCAGUGCUUGAUUGCCACACCUCUCACAUUGCCGUGAAGUUUUCUGAGAUCCUGACCAAGAUUGACAGGCGUUCUGGUAAGGAACUUGAGAAAGAGCCCAAGUUCUUGAAGAAUGGUGAUGCUGGAAUGAUUAAGAUGGUUCCCACCAAACCCAUGGUGGUUGAGACUUUCUCCGAGUACCCACCUCUCGGACGAUUUGCCGUGAGGGACAUGAGACAGACUGUCGCAGUUGGUGUUAUCAAGAAUGUCGAGAAGAAGGAUCCAUCUGGUGCCAAGGUCACCAAGUCUGCGGCCAAGAAGAAGUGAACCGUGCUUGCUCAACCUCAGACAGCUCCGUCUGAGGUUUACAAGUAUAAAUGUCAGAAUAAAGACCUUGUUAUUCUUGGUGCUGCUUUGUCGUCGAGUCUUUUAAAUUGCUUUGGUGAUCAUAGUUGUUGCGGCUGGUUGUCAGGUACCCAGUCUCAGAAUUGGGUGCUUGAUAGACGGUGGCACAGCUAUAUCUUGUAGUCUCUUUUUGUGCUGGUCCGUUUGGUGGCCUCUUUGCUUCUGUGUCCUGUUUGAGUUCGAGGUGCUUUGGCUCUUCCAGAGCGGCUCAAAAGUUUUCGAUUUCUAUGUUUCUUUGGAGAUACUACACACUGCAAAACUAAUGCCGUUUCUUAUUUCACAAAUUAUUUACUGCUUUUUCCCUCCGUUGGUCUAUCCAAAAAGGACGGUUUUUUCUAAA